CUUAACAGCGUUUGGUUGAUCAGGGCUUCCGGUGUCAGUUAUGUAAGUCAGGGUAGUUGAAGUCUAGAGUGAAAAGUGCAUUUGCAAUUUCAGAUGACGUUCAUUUAACACGAUUAACGUUGAACACCCUAAUAAAUAAAUACAAAUAAAGAAAACAGCAUGGGAGAUGCCGAGCUGGAUUACAACGUUGUGUUUCCCGAACCUCAUCUCGCGGAAAGCCACUGGCAUGGGCAGAAGGAACCCGUAGUGAUUCUCUUGGGCUGGGCUGGCUGUAAGGACAAGCAUCUAGCCAAAUACAGUUAUAUUUAUAAUGAGCAGGGAUGUAUCACCAUUCGAUACACCGCCCCAUGGAAGGCAGUGUUCUUCUCGGAGGCUUUUGGCAGCAAGAAACUGCUUGAAAUAGCGCGGAAGCUGCUGGAUCUGCUCUAUGAUUAUGAAGUGGAGAGCCACCCUAUAUUGUUCCACGUGUUCAGCAACGGGGGCUUCAUGCUGUACCGUUACGUAAUUGAGCUCCUACAAAGAGAGGAACAGCUCCGUACGUUGGUGGUGGUGGGCACAAUCCUGGACAGUGCACCAGGGAACCAGAAUGUGAUCGGUUCAGUACGGGCGCUUAAUGCCACUUUGGGACCAGAGACUCGCACUGUGCUGCGAUACCCAAUCCUAGCGGUUUUUACCUGCAUGGUCUUUCUGUUACGGGUGGUCCUUUACUCCUUGACCAAGUACAUCCACAAAAAUCACUAUGAUGCUAUGCUUGACGACCCCACUAGCUGGCCACAGCUGUACCUGUAUUCCCAAGCUGACAAAGUGAUUGCCCACAGGGAUGUGGAGCAGAUGGUCAGAGCUAGAAAGCAGCGGGGGGUGCGGGUGGAAAGUGUGGACUUCAUCAACUCCGACCACGUCAGCCACAACCGGCUGUUCCCGGAGGAAUACUCCGUCAGGUGUGUUACUUUCUUGGAGUAUUGCUUGAAAAGCUGUGCUGGGAUAAAGAGGAAGCAUGUUUCUCUGUAGUAAAAUAAAUGAAUAAAUAAAAGUAUGUUUUUAAAAAAAAAAAA